AUGGCGACUAUGCAACCAGUCACGGGCAGCCCGCUCCUUCCGCUCCCAUCGUGCCUGGCAAGAGCAACUGCCUCGUCAGGCAGCAACAGGCAGGCGCGACGCAGCAGAGCCCCAAUUGCAGACACGCAGACACGGGAGGGCACAGAGAGUCAUCGAAAUGGCCGGUCGGGCUCAGGCUACAGUGGCUUGGCCAGGAGCAGCUCGCUAGCGCAAGUCUUGGUCGCGCACGUCCGCGCACGGCAAGAGGGCUCCUCUCAAAAGCUGGCGCAGCCCGCCCGAUGCCUUUUGCGGCACACUCGUCCCAACUUCACCAUUACCAAGCGUCCAGACGUCACGUCUACCAUAUCGACCCAGGAUCCGUUCAGUCUGGAUCCUUCUGGCAUCAACUAG